AUGCUCUCCCCACCCGGCAGGGCGGCAUUUCCCAGCCUAGGCCAGUUCAGCCUUGUUUACGUCUGUUCCCUUCCUCCCCCAGAGCACCAGCAUGUCCGCUACAACCCUCUGCGAGACGACUGGGUGCUGGUGUCUGCCCACCGGAUGAGGCGCCCCUGGCAGGGACAGGUUGAGAAACCCCCGCAAGAGGACAUCCCGCGCUGUGACCUGUCCAACCCCCUGUGCCCCGGAGCAACGCGAGCCAGCGGGGAGGUGAAUCCGCCGUAUGAGAGCACGUUUGUCUUCGACAACGACUUCCCAGCACUGCAGCCGGAUGCUCCAGAGCCUGACGCCUGCGGCCACCCCUUGUUCCGAGCUGCAUCUGCCCGAGGAAUAUUUGAGAACAAAGGGGCCAUGAUGGGCUGCUCCAACCCUCACCCGCACUGCCAGGUCUGGGCCAGCAGCUUCCUGCCCAACGAAGCCCAGCUGGAGGAGCGGAGGCAGCUGCAGGCAGGGCAGGCGGCUGGGCAGCACCUCAGCACGGCGCGCUGUCCCCCGCAGGAGCGGCUGGUGGUGGAGAACGCCGACUGGCUGGUGGUGGUGCCCUACUGGGCCGUGUGGCCUUUCCAGACGCUGCUCCUGCCCCGCCGUCACGUCUGCCGCCUCCAGGAGCUCAGCGACCAGGAGAGGGACAGUCUGGCGUCCAUCAUGAAAAGGCUGCUCACCAAGUACGACAAUCUCUUCGAGGUCUCCUUCCCCUACUCCAUGGGCUGGCACGGUUACUUUCUAAAUGCUCAGGGUUUAUCUAGGAAAUUGGAGUACCGUAUUUGA